AGAGGUUUGAGCCCAGCACUGCUUGUCCUCUAAAUUAUGCAGCUCACAAAUUCCACUGUGAGGUCGUUUGUGAAGCGACACGCUAUAGCCUGCCUCUUUGUUCGAGAUGGCAUUUCCUGUCACUCAUUCGCACUAAAGUUACUCGAGGACCUUGCCGUGUAAACCGAUAUUACUUUUUCCCAUGACACACGACCGGUUGAGUGAUCUCGCAAACGCGGCGUAAUUCAACCCGAGAGCGGCGAUUAAGUAAGAAAGAAGCUGAAUAACACCGAGGCCUACAUUUCUUGACGCGCUUUCUGAGGGCGCGCGCGUGCCUCUCCGUUGCCAUGGAGACGAGCUCGCGCAAGGAAAAGAGACGCCGAGCUUGGAAACUCGCAGCGCUGGAAGUUUACUCGGCCGACAAGAGCUGCCGUCGAGAAAGUGGCUGGAUUAUCGACAGAAACCGGGCUCCAGAUGGCGUCUACGGUGGCUGAAGGCCGGCUGGAAGUGUUGCAGAUCUGUCGACUGCUGCAGUGUGUCCAUGAGGGCAACAAGGCCCAGAUAGAGAGACUGGUCAGUCUGGGUGUUGAUGACCUCAUCAAUCUCACUGAGCCACACGAGGGCAAGGGUGUUUUGCAUUUAGCUUCUGUGGCUAACAACACCGAUAUGGUGGAGUUCCUCAUGGCUCAAGGUGCCCGUCCUGAUGUUCAGGACAAGCAAGGGCGUACACCAGUGAUGCUGGCCGCAGAGCUCGGACAUGACAGAGUAGUUGCUGUCCUGGCCAAAAAGCAUGCAGAUAUGAAUCUGACAGACGUAGAAGGAAAAGGCAUGCUCUUCUACUGCGUCUGUCCCACGAAGAGACACAUGCGCUGCCUGCAGGUGGCGCUGAACAGCAUGGCCGACGUAAACAACGUGUCGCACGCGGGCGUGCCACUCUUCUUGCUGGCCUGCGAGAACGCUCUGGAGUGCGAGGGCAUGUGCCUCAGCCUGCUGGAGAGGGGGGCUGACCCUAACGCCACCAAUCAGGUUACAGGGCGCACUUCAUUGAUGGAGGCGGUGAAGGCAGGGGCAGCGGGGCUGGUCAGAGCCAUUCUCAAAAGAGGGGCCAAUGUCAAUGCACUGGACGCCAAGAAGUUCCAUGCAGUUCACUUUGCAGCUGAAACAGGCAACUUUGAAAUCAUCCAGGUGUUGUCUGCAUAUGCGGCGGAUAUGGGACUAUUGACAGCCGAAGGGAACACAGCUCUGCACUAUGCUGCCCGGGGAGGCUUUGCUGACUGUUGCAGGUUUUUGGCUCAGAGAGGAUGCAACCCCAAACAGAAAAACCUGGAGGGCCUAUUACCCCGUCAGAUUGCCAAGGACUUGGGUCACAAGGCCUCAGUCAAAGAGCUGAAGAAAGCUGAACGCUUACAUGGGAAGUUUUCUAAAGGCUCAGGUGGCACUAACGAACUAUGGGCACUGACCCUCCAUGACUGGUCUCAUGAGUGUGAGGCUGAACUGCGUAAGGCCUUCGAAUCUGCUUCAGACGGAAUUGUUGGCAUUGAGAUGGUCUCCAGGGAGACGUUUAUCUCUGUUCUUCAUGAGCUCAAGGCACCUAUAGAGGGCGAACAUGUCCGGAGAAUCCUGCUGGCUCAUGACAGGCAAAGGCAAGGCCUGAUUAACAUCAAUGAGUUUUUCAAAGGUCUCAGAUACCUGCCCAGGACUUUCGUCAUGGCCUCCUAUGAAUCAAGGAAGAAGAAAAGGGCAGGGAAGGCAGGAAAGGCCCAGAAGAAAAGCAAACUGAACCUUCCCAUGCCAAUUUGCUCCAUCCCACCAGAACUCAUCUACCGUCGUGAUGAUGGCGGGCCGCCACAUUUUAUGAUAGAGAGCUACCAGCUUGUUACGGACCCUAACCGCUUUGACAGGGACCAUCCACCAGGUCACCCAAUAGAGGACGACUCAGCCUGGUACAUAGACGAACCAGAGAAGAUCUACAUAAACAUCAGCUACUGCGUUAAGACCGGAGACACUGACUCCCUAAAACUCGCCUUUAAUCAGAAGGUCCCCGUGGAUGUAAAAGAUCGCUUCUACAAGACACCGCUCAUGACUGCUUGUGCUAGUGGGAAUUAUGAAGUGGCCAAGUUUCUGCUUGACCUUGGAGCUGAUGUGAAUGCACGUGACCAGUUCGCCUGGACUCCAUUACACCACGCUUGCCAUGCCGGACAGCUUGACAUCAUUGAACUACUGGUGGGAUCAGGGGCUGCUGUGGACACUCCAGCUCUCAAUGGGGCCACACCUUUAAUGAGGGCAGUUGAGAGCGGCAGGCCCUGUUGUGUGGAUUACCUUCUCAAAGCUGGAGCCACUGUGACUGCAGAGAAUAAAGCAGAGCAAAAUUGCUUGGACAUUGCCCGUGCUUACGCGGACCUUAGAAUAGUGGAGUUGAUCCAGGCUAGGAUUGAUAGCCUUCCCAAGCCAAAGGACAACAAAAAGGACAAGGUUGCCAAACUUCAGGCUAAACCCAGACCAGCUACCUCCACAUCAUCUAAGGAGAAGCGACUUCAUUCAGCGUCUUCACAGCAGGGGGCGAGCUCAGCAGUGAAGACAGCAGCGAAGGCGGACAGCGUGAUCCUCCACAGCACUCAGAUCACCAGUGGAGCACUUAACAAAGUGGACAUCAGCUUUGCACCUAGAACGGUGUGGGGUAAACAACUGACCACCCACCAACUGAUGGAAAAGAAGGAGAAAAGAAGACAGCGUUUCACCUAUGAGAUAGACUUUGAUGACUUCAAGAUGCCUUUCAAUAAGAACCUUCAGAAGAAGACUCUGGAGCUGUUGGAGGAAAGCUGAGAUUUUAGCUCUAAGGCAUCUAUUUGUAAUAUAACAGAAUCUAUGAUUAGGAGUGCCGAACCAUAGUACAGUAAGUAUCGCACUUACAAUGCGCAUUUAGUGCUGUCCACUCAUCAACACUGCUGGCUGUGAAGCAAAGGGAGUUCUGUGGUGCUUUGCAAAUAGCUUAAUCAAUUGAAUAUAUAGAUCCCUGUCACGAAUGAAGCCCAUUCAUUUACACCUUUCAUAGCCAUCACAUCUUGGAUCACCGAAUUAAAGUCAAAUGGGUGGUGUCUCGUUGUAGUUUGGGAGACCCCAUAGUGCUAUUUGUUGUCUCUCUACCCAUCCUCCUCACUGUGCCUGAGAGCAAAAUGCACAUACGUCCUCUUCCAGACAGGUUCAUUAAAGCUCCGGUUAUUCAAGACUUUAUAAUUAUUGUGCUAACAGUAGCUAUGGGCUUUUUCCAUUGUGGAGCUAUUUUUUAUAGCUGUUGCCUGAUUUAUGAAAGUCAUAACAAUCUCAUUUCAUAAGUGUAUUCCCUAAUCGUCCACAUGUUUAUGAACCACUACAGCAAAUUGGCUUUAGAUGUUAGACUCCAUGGAAGUGCCUAAACACUCAGAUGGACUUAAAAAGUGAAAUAAAAAUUUAAACAUGCUACAUUUUGUUCUUAAGAUUUUCUAGGGGUGCCAGUAACUGUGACACAUGUGGUUUUCUGUUUUGUUUAAAAAAUUUAUUUUUUAUUUUUAUUUUUUUUUGUUUUGUUUUGUUUUGUUUCCUUAGACUAAAUUUACUUUAGUUAAAUGUAAUUUUUCAUAUUUUUACUGUAUGCUAAUUUAUCACAAGUACAGUUUUUCAUGACCCACCUUUACUGAGGGUGCCAAAAAUGAUGGAGCUGACUGAGUAUACUGUUGCUUGGUCUAAGAUUUGUAAUGUGAAAUUAGGUAUAAUGAUAUCUGACAACAGUCUGUAAAGAAGUCAAAUAAAGGAGGAUUUUCUAACAUUA